UACAUCACAAGCGCAUCAGACACUCAGCAAGCAGAAAACAAGGAGGACCAAGUUCGUCAGCGAUUGUGAUUUAUGGAAGGGAUGGCGACUGAGAUGAUGUAUAUUUACAUUAAUAAGUAUGAAUAUGAAAAUUAUGAUACAAAUUCCACCCACAAUGGGUAUGAGAGUCCACAACUAUCUAAAGAAUUCAUGGCUACGCGGAUUGUCCUCUGCAUCCUGUUUUUCCUUGGUUUUCUUGGUACGUUAAGAAAUUGCAAUAUAUUGUAUUCCACAUCUACUAAAAAAAACCAAAAAACAAUCAACUGUUCAUUGCUCAAAAAAACCUGCAGACGAAUAUUCUAUUUCACAGGCAACAGCAUUGUACUCUGGAUUCUCCACCGCCACAUCAAACUGAAGACAUUGACUGACAUUUGCCUACUCAAUCUGGCGCUAUCAGACCUUACUCUGGCUGUGUCUCUAUUCUUGUGGGCCUACGAUUCUCAGAACAUUGCAGUGUGCAAAGCUACAACAGGAGUCUAUCAGCUGGGAUUUUACAGCGGGACUUUGUUUGUGACUUUGAUGAGUGUGGACCGCUACCUGGCCAUCGUCUGUGCUGUUGCAACCAUGCCAACCCGGAAACCUAAAUAUGGAGUGGCAGCAAGCAUCGCAAUCUGGGUUGUGUCCCUCAUCAUGGCAACCCCACAGGUGGUAUUUGCCUCCGUUGAAAUGAGUGACCACAGCUCCCUGAGUUGCCAGCCUCUCUAUCCGGAAGAAAGUCAGCAGUUUUGGAAGAUGUUCCGCAACUUUAGUGAGAACACAGUGAGUCUUUUCCUGUGUCUGCCCAUACAGCUUUUUUGCUACCUGAAGAUCCUGCUUGUGCUGUUCAAGACGAAGAACUCUAAGAAGCAUCGAGCUGUGAAAUUGAUAUUCACCAUCGUCUGCAUAUUUGUUAUGUGCUGGGUCCCUUACAAUAUUGUAGUUUUCCUUCAAACACUACAACUGUUUGAGAUGUUUAAUACUCACACGGAAUCAGCAGCUAUCAAUCUGGCCAUGGCCUGGUCUGAGAUAAUUGCACUGUCACAUUGCUGUGUAAAUCCAGUCAUAUACGCAUUAGCCGGGGAGAAAUUUCGGAAGCCUUUGGGCAAUUUGUUGUCAAGAUACUUUUUCAAGAACAGACGGUCUGUGAGAUACAAAGACAACUCGGAGAAAGACACUUCAAACACCGCUCUGAGAUCCCAUUCGGAUACUCGAAAUUAGGGAUAAGUACAAUAUGUGUAAAUUGAUUGAAAAGUAUGCGUACAAUAGUGGAUUUGAUUCUUGAUAGAGUGGAAGCAAACAAUAAAAAGAUAUAAGCUAUAACAUCUGAGCUGUUCUCCAACUCAGAAAUGAAGGGCGGGUUUGAAAUUUCCAUGGUAGGUGCUUGUCCACUGUGAGAGACUGUGUAUGAUUUUUUAAAACAAUGAAUUUGUAUUAUACUAUUGCAAAUAAGUAUUUGAACACCGGUCUAUUAGCUAGAAUUGUGAGCCUCAAAGACCUGUUAGUCGCCUUUAAAAAGUCCACCUCCACUCUUCUUAUUCACCUAGAUAAGUAGAGUGGAGGUGGACUUCUCAGAAUUUUUUACCUGUUUGAGACAGCUGCAUAUAAACACCUAUUCACCCCAUACACCGCAAAGAGCUGUCCAAAGACACCAGAAACAGAAUUUUAGACCACUACAAGGCUGGAAAAAGUUACGGGGCAAUUGCCAAGCAGCCCUGUGAUAUAAGAUCCACCGUUGGAGCAAUUAUAAAAAUGGAAGAAGCUAAACAUGACUGUCAAUUUCCCUCGGACUGGGGCUAUAUGCAAGAUCUACCUCGUAGGGUCUUAAUGAUUCUAAGAAUUGUGUUGAAUCAACCAAAAACUACACAGGAGUAGCUGGUCAAUGAGCUGAAAGGAGCCGGGACCACCAUUUCCAAGGGUACUGUUGGUAAUACACCAAGACAUCAUGGUUUAAAAUCAUGCAUGGCACGGAAGGUUCCUCUGCUUAAACCAUGUCCAGGCCUGUUUUAAUAUUGCCAAUUACUCUUUGGAUGAUCCAGAAGAGUCAUGGGAGAACGUCAUGUGGUCAUAUGAGAUCAAAAUGGAACUUUUUCCGCUCAUAGUGUUUGGAGGAGGAAGAAUGAUGAGUACCAUCAUAAGAACACCAUCCCUACUGUGAAGAAUGGGGGUGGUAGCAUCAUGCUACGGGGGUGUUUUUCUGCACAUGUGACUGAAUGACUGCACUGUAUUAAGGAGAGGAUGACCAGGGCCAUGUAUUGUGAGAUUUGGGGGAAUAACCUCCUUCCCUCAGUUAGAGCAUUGAAAAUGUCUUGCAACAUGACAAUGGCCCGAAGCAGACAGCACGAAUAUCCAAGGAGUGGCUUCGUAAAAAGCAUAUUAAGGUUCUGGAGGGGCCAAGCCAGUCUACAGACCUAUACUCAAUAGAAAAUCUUUGGAGGAAGCUUAAACUCCAUGUUUCUCAGUGACAGUCCAGAAACCUGAUUGAUCUAGAGAAGAUCUGUUUGGAGCAGUGUUGUAAAAUCCCUGCUGCAGUGUGUGCAAACCUGGUGAAACGUUACAGGAAACAUUUAACCUCUGUAAUUGUAAACAAAGGCUUCUGUACCAAAUAUUGAUAUUGAUUUGCUCAGAAGUUCAAAUACUUAUUUGUAGCAGUAUAAUACAAGUGAAAAAAAUCUUUAAAAAUCAUACUGUAUGAUUUCUGGAUUUUUUUUUCUCUCAACAGAAAAAUUCAAACCCACCCAUCAUUUCCAAGUGGAAUCACAAGGUUCAAAUACUUAUUUUCCUAACUGUACGUAUUGAUGUUUACCAAAUUGUGAUGUGAUGCUGUAUAUAAACUUGUAACGUUUAAAACUACAAAUGUGUUUGGAAAUUCAAUCUGAUGCCCUCAUUCUACAAUGAUGGUGCGAAUAUGACGUUACAUUCCAACGAUACUACAACGAGUUUUCAAAGCAGUCUGCAGGUCGGAGCAGUGGCGCCAAUGGAAAUUUUUAAUAGGGGUGAGCAAAUGGAGUCACUUAAAAUCUUGGAGUGCCACACCAAAACUAAAAGCUAUAAUUUUAGGUUUUUAUUAUGUUGUAGUAGUAAACGGGCCAGUAGAAAACUGUCAGAAAGACUUCAGGACACUCUUACUGAUUUACUUUGGUUUAUUAUGUUAUAUUUCAAGUUACUAAUGAUUUAAUGUGCAUCGUCCAUAACAGUCCAGUCAACAUUUUGAGUUUCACAGCUACUACAAUCUGACAUUAUAUAGGCGAAUGGGGUGGCUGGUGCGGUGGCCAAACAAAUUUAUAGGGGGGGCUGUGGCCACCCCUGGCCACACCAUGGUGGCGCAAUUCAGUCGCAGAACACCUCAGAAUGCAUUUCCGCAUGAACGCGAUGAAGAAUCAAAGUACCUUAACACAACCCUAAGGUACUGGUUAAUGUCAUGUGACAAUUUUUUUCUUAAUUUUGCUUAUACGUAUGUAAAACACGCAACCUUGAUUUUUGGUGAUGGUUUUAGCAAGAGAAAAGAAGAAAAAACUAGGUCUGUCGAAAUUAUCGCGUUAACGGGCGGUAUUUUUUUAAAAUUAAUCACGUUAAAAUAUUUGACGCUUUUAACGCACAUGCCCCUAAAACAGAUUAAAAUGACAGCACAGUGUCAUGUUCACUUGUUACUUGUUUUUUUGGCGUUUUGUCGCCCUCUGCUGGUGCUUGGGUGCGAAUGAUUUUAUGGGUUUCAGCACCAUGAGCAUUGUGUAAUUAUUGACAUCAACAAUGGUGAGCUACUAGUUUAUUUUUUGAGUGAACAUUUUACAAAUUUUAUUAAAACGAAAACAUUAAGAGGGGUUUUAACAAAAAAAAUUCUAUAACUUG